UCCAUGUUUUUUUUGCAGAAGGAACUCAGAUGUAAACCAUCACAGUUUACAAUCUCAAAUCUGAUCUCCUCAACAUUAUAUUGUUUAAAAGUGCAAGCAUUUUCCGAAUUAUAUAAUAAAAGUAGUGCUUUUAGCAAUGUAACUUGCAUAAAAACAGCCAAAGGAGAAUCUUCACCUCUCAUCCCCCUAUUUAUUUCUCUUGGCGUGGUUUUUAUAAUAUGUGUCUUCAUUGUUAUUUUCUGUGCUUGGAGAAAAAUAAACUAUGUAUUCUUCCCAAAAUGUAAACCUCCAAGGGUCAUAGACAUAGAGACCUUUGGAGAAAAGGAUUUGAACAUAUUGUAUUUCCCAACUGCAGAAGAGCAAACAGACAAAUGUAUGGUCAUAAAUUCCAGUGUUGCUCUUCCAUGUACAGUUAACCUGGAUGAUGUCAGAUUCGAUAGAGAGUUGGAACAGAUCAGUCAAGACUCAGGAAACUAUUUUAUAGAUGACAUUAUCAUUUCUGGAGAUAACGACUCCCGUCAAUCCUCAGAACUAAUAACAGUAUAAUGCAAGAUAAUACAAGCUGGAAACAAGAUGAGGAAAGCAUCAUAAUGAGGAAAACUUGCUAAUUAUAGAAAUAAUCUAUAUUACCAUUAGUCUAUAAAGAACAAAGACCUAUGCCUAAAAGUGGGCCACAAGCUGCCUUUGCUGACAAUGAUUUUGAGCUUUGGGGCCUGCUGCUGGAAGAGCCACAAAUUUGUUUUCUCUUCUUAAAAUGCUAUAGGAAAAAAUGACUUUAUAUGACUGGUGCUGAAAUCAUAUUCCUGUGUUUAUGUAUACAUACAAAAAACACACCUGGGCAUUUCAUUUUUACAGUAUUAAUUGUAGUGGAUUCUAAGUGACUGAUUGUAGGCUGAGCCAGCCUAUAGGAGUUUUCUAAAGUAUUUAAAGAAAAAGUCUACUCAUCGUUUUAAAAGGAAGGAAAGGAGGAAAGAAGAGUGUCUGUGUGUACCAAAUAUAUGCAGUGGUUAUGUUUUCCUUGUGCUGUAUGAUCACAGUACUGUGUGGGACUGCCGUGGAAUAAGCCUUGCUACAAAGCUCAAAGUCUAUUGAGCAGUAAUACCCUGAUGUAUGCCAGUGAGACUUGGACUGUAUAUAGGAGGCAGACUAGGCAAUUGAACCUCUUCCAAACAACCUUUGUAGAAUUCCGAGGAUCCGGUUGCAGGAGAAGGUGCCAGGUACAGAAAUCCUCUCCAGAGCAGGUGUGCCAUCAGUUCAACCCUGCUGAUGAAAGCCCAGACACCCUGGGCAGGCCAUGUUGCAAGGAUUCCAGACCAUCGCAUCCCUAAACAGCUCCUCUAUGGUGGGCUGUCUCAAGGAAAGCAAUCACACGGGGGACAAUGGAAGCGAUACAAAAACAUGUUGAAAGCCUCCUUCAAGUCCCUGGAUAUCAACACCACCUCCUGGGAAACCCUGGCACAAGAUCGAUCAACAUGGCACACGCUGAUCCACCAAGGCUGCCAGGCAUCUGAGGACAGAAGAACAACCGUAGCACAGGAGAAGUGAGCACUCCGCAAAGCAGCCAGAGCUGCAAAUGCUGUAACAAUGGUGUCCACAUGUCUGCCUGACAUGUGGCAGAACAUUCUAAACCCAUAUA